CCCCACGCUCUGCCGGGCACGGGUGGGCUAUGUCGGAGGUGGCUUCCUUGGCACCCGAGGGAUAGCGGGAAGGGGGGAAUGAUGAGUGUCUGCCAAUGUCCUCUGGUGUCCCCAGUGUGCUCCCCACAACUGGGGCCCCGUACCAGGGUUUGGGGGAUCCCAUCCCUUGCAGGAUGGAGCUGCUCUGAAGCUGUCCCCAUCCCCAUCUCUUGCCAUCCCCUGUACCCGUUCCCCUGCCAUGUAGGCACCGGCCCAAAGGUGCUGCAGCCUUGGCUCCUGGGCCUCACGGUCGUCGUCGUCUUCCUCUUCGUCGUCUUCGUGGUGCUGAUCAUUAACCGGUUCUGGAGUCUCAGGAAGCGCAGGAAGCAGAGCGACUACCCGGAGACCAAGGGGACUGACAGGAUGGAGCGCUUCAGCCACGACAACCCGGCGGCCGAGGACAGCGACGAGGAGAGCGGCGGCAAGAAGGAAUCCAACGCCACGUCCCUCUGAGCCCCCCUGGCCCCCACUGCCCACCCCGGGGCGCCGUCGCCGGGCACGGCGCCCUCACCCCGUCCGCGGGUGCGGCUCCGCGCCGGGUUUCGGAGGCAGCCGCGGCCACGGUGGCACCUCCCGCCCCGCGGCCGCCCCGGCUGCGGCCAAGACCCGGCAUGGAUUCUCCGUCCGCCGGAGCGGAGUGGGGGGGAGGGCGGUGGCCGGGAACCGUAGCGGGACCCCCUGACCCCCCCCAGCCCUGGGCUGGCGGUGGGUCCCAGCCCCCUUCCCAGUCGUGCCCAGUAAAGGUCCCCAGCCUGC